UGACAGAAGUCACGUGAUCAGUGACGACGUAAUCUCGUAACUUCCUUGUUUUUGUGGGACCCAUUAAAUUGAAACCAUUCCAGUAACAUACGGUCAAAAUAAACAGGAGACGCAAUGCACAUUACCAGAUCCGUCACGUACAGGCGGAGACGGCAAGGCGGAACAGCCUAGGAGCUCUCCCUGAUUCCAGAUCCUUCCAUCUGUCUCCCUCUUUAUGUGUGAAUCAUGAUGCUGUGCUGGGGAAGCAGUGGCUCGGGUCAGCUGGGCAUCGGGGCGUCGGAGGCGGCUGUCUUUGAGCCGAGGAGCUGUUGCAUGUUCGACGGGAGGGGUCUUAAAGAAGUUGCGUGCGGCAGCCAACACUCGCUCUUCCUGUUGCAUGAUGGGAGCAUUUACGCCUGUGGCUCCAACAGCUGCGGUCAGCUGGGCCAUGACAAGGGAGGAUGGAGGCCAGAGCUGGUAGGAGCUCUGGAUGCUCAGAAGAUCGCCGGCGUGUCGUGUGGGCAGGCUCACUCUCUGGCGGUGAACGAGCAGGGGCAGGUGUUUGCCUGGGGGGCCGGAGAAGGAGGGCAGCUCGGUCUGGGUACGGCUGAAGAGGCAGUCCGUGUGCCCAGGUUGAUUAAAAAGUUGUGCGAGCAUCGAAUCUCACAAGUGAUGUGUGGCAACCAACACUGUAUAGCACUUUCAAAAGAUGGUCAGUUGUUUGUAUGGGGAGAGAACUCCAGCGGUCAGCUGGGAUUAGGGAAGGGAGAGCCCAGCACUCUGUCUCCUCAACCGCUCAAAUCUCUGAGUGGGAUCCCACUGGCUCAGAUCAGCGCUGGAGGAGACCACAGCUUCGCCCUGUCGCUGUCUGGAGCCGUGUUCGGCUGGGGGAAGAACAGCGCCGGGCAGCUGGGCCUCAAUGACGAGCAAGAUCGGGCUGUUCCCUGUCACAUCAAGUUCCUGCGCUCACAGAAGGUGGUGUACAUCAGCUGUGGAGAGGAGCACACUGCCGCCUUGACAAAGGAAGGGGGUCUGUUCACAUUUGGAAACGGCUCAAGAGGACAGCUGGGCCACGAUUCCACCAGAAACGAGCCUCUUCCACGCAGAGUUAUGGAGCUCAUGGGCACUGAGGUGUCUCAGAUCGCUUGUGGCCGGCACCACACGCUGGCAUUCGUGCCCUCCACAGGACUGCUUUACGCUUUCGGCUGCAACACUCAGGGCCAGCUGGGUACAGGUCUCAGAGGAAAUGCUAAGAGUCCACUUCCUGUCGGGAACAUCCAACCCCUGUGCAUUGGAAAUACACACACAAAAGGCGAGCGCUGCACCAUCCGUAAUAUUCACAGUGGUGGCGAUCACAAUUUCCUUUUGUUGUCUACAAAGGAGGGUGCAUCUUGUCCCGAGGAUUUCCGCAUUAUGAAUGCCGCUAAAAGCAUCGCUCUGAUUAAUUCUGAGAGUCUGGACCGCUGGAGGAUGAAGCUUCAUGACAGCAGCGAUUCAAGCAUCACCAAUGACAUCAUACUCCUGUUUUCCUCAAUUGCGUGUUGGAAUGCCAGCUUUUUGGACCAAAGUGAUGACGGGCAUUUCAAAACCAACCCCAAAGUCCCGGGCAUUGAUUUCAAUGCCGUUAAGCUGCUUUUUGAGACGCUGAUGAAACCAGCCUUCGCAAGACUUCUGGAGCAGGCCACGAAGAGCUUUGAGAGUCUCCUGAUCCCCCAGCUGACCUGCUCUCCUCCUGACGUGGAAGCCAUGCGGAUCUACCUGAUCCUGUCUGAAUGUCCCGCCCUCCAGGACUCCAAAAACUACAUCUCUCUCACCAUCCCUCUAGCCAUGGCCAUCCUCAGACUGGACGCCAACCCCAGCAAAGUCCUCGAUAACUGGUGGUCUCUGAUGGAUUGCGAGGUUUUCUCCAGACUAGUGGAGAUGUACAAAAGCAUAGUUGUGUUUCUGUUGACUGGCGGGAAGGCGCUCCUGAUGCCUGUGUUUCUGGAGAGCUACACCAGCGCUGCCCUGCGACUGCUGGAGAAGCUCCACAAGGUCAAUCUGAAAGCCCGUCGUGUGGAAUACAACCACUUCUACAUCCCUGACAUCGCCACCCUGGUGGACAUCCAGGAAGACUACCUCAAAUGGUUUCUGCGCAAAGCUGAUAUUAAAAUGCGAUACCCUCCAGUGCAGGGUUCUGUCACGUUAUGUGCCUAUCCGUUCAUAUUGAACGCGCAAGCCAAGACAACCGUGCUGCAAACAGAUGCUGAGCUGCAAAUGCAGAUGGCAGUAAGCGGGGCUAACUUGCACAACGUCUUCAUGCUGUUGACUAUGGAACCUUUGCUGGCUAGAAACCCUUUCAUGGUGCUUCACGUUAGAAGGAACCACUUAGUCAGCGAUGCUCUCCGGGAGCUCACAGUCUACAAUGACGUAGACUUGAAGAAGCCCCUUAAGGUCAUCUUUGAUGGAGAGGAAGCUGUGGAUGCAGGAGGAGUCACAAAGGAGUUCUUCCUGCUCCUGCUUAAAGAGCUGAUGGAUCCGAUCUAUGGCAUGUUCACCCAAUAUUCAGAGUCCAAUCUUCUGUGGUUCUCUGAUAAAUGUUUUGUGGAGCACAAUUGGUUCCAUCUGAUUGGGAUCAUCUGUGGUUUGGCCAUCUAUAACUCUACUGUGGUGGACUUGCACUUUCCUCUGGUGCUCUACAAAAAGCUUCUGAAAGUUUUGCCCACACUGGAUGACCUGAAAGAGCUUUCACCUACAGAGGGAAGGAGUCUUCAGCAGCUGCUGGAGUAUGAGGGCGAUGUGGAGGAGACCUUCUGUCUGAACUUUGCAAUUACGAGAGAGUAUUAUGGGAUAACGGAGGUUAAAGAGCUGAUACAGGGCGGGAAGACCAUCGCUGUGGACAAGACAAACAGAAAGGAGUUUGUUCAGGCGUAUUUACAGUAUGUGUUCAGUGAUGCCGUACAGGAGCAGUAUUCGGCCUUCUCCAGUGGUUUCCUGAAGGUCUGUGGUGGGGAGAUCCUCUCUCUCUUCCAGCCCUCUGAGCUCAUGGCCAUGGUGGUGGGAAACAACAACUACAACUGGGAGGAGAUGGAGAAGAAUGCCUCCUACAAGGGCGAGUUCUCUGCAUCACACCCAACGGUUAAGAUGUUUUGGGAGGUGUUUCAUGAGUUUCCCUUGGAGAAAAAGAAACAGUUUUUAUUGUUUUUGACAGGCAGUGACCGCAUCCCCAUCCACGGCAUGGCCAGUCUACGCAUCGUCAUUCAAUCCACUGCUGCAGAAGAGCACUACCUUCCUGUGGCCCACACCUGCUAUAACAUGCUGGACAUGCCCUGCUACCAGACCAAAGAGACCUUGUGGCACCGGCUCACGCAAGCCGUGGAGCAGUACGAGGGCUUCAGUCUGGUCUGAGCGAGAUCUACAGAGUUUGCUUUCUGUAUGCUGACACUGCACUUUAAACCUGUGGAGAAAUGGAAACGAACGCUGCUCUCGCAUUUAUUUUACCACAGACGAGCAUAUCCGGAGUCUCGUAUGAGUAAAUCUAUUAUUUUCUUAUUUUUACAGACUUUUCACUUGCUUGUUUGGUUGAAUCUUGAGAUGUGCACAGUUUUUUUUUUUUCUUCUUCUUUUUGGUUUAAAGUAUAUUUUUUAACUGACACAAAUACAUUUUAAGAUUUGGAUUGAGUUGUUGGUAAAAUAAAUUAAUUUGCGUUCUUUAUAUUUCGUAAAUGUAAUUAUUUUUUAAUCAGAUUUUAAAACCAAUAGGUUGCUCUUGUCUAGACCACGUUAUUUUGCUAGGGGUGUCCAAACCUGUUCCUGAAGGGCCACUGUCCUGCAGUGUUUAGCUUCAACCCUAAUUUACCUGAACCACCUGAACCAGCUAAUCAAGAUCUUUGGAUUGACUAGAAGCUUCCAGUAAAGUAUUUUGGAACUGGUUGAAAUGAAACUCAACUCUUCUCCAAGAGCAACGAUGUACACCACAGUUAUUUUGGCAGUUUGAAUUUCUGGAAGGAAGUAAACAAAUUUUAAACCGAUUUACUGGUUAAAGCAUAUAUAACGCCCACUAAAUGCUCAUUAUUGACCACAGAUGAGUGGUUAAUCCCAUUCAGAAAGAGCCAUUGCAACCCUACAAAUUGGGGGCUUGUCAAAUAAAGCCCAAUCAGCACAGUACACCAGUUUCAAGCCAAAUACAUUUGGAUAUACAUGUAUAAUCCUGAUCUUGGAGGACCAAUGUUUAGCUCCGACUUAUCCCAAAACAACUUCAUGGAAGAUUUGUGUAAUCCCGAAAACCUUGAUUACAUUUGGUUCAGGUGUGUUUAAUUAGUGUUGGUGCUAAACUCUGCAGGACAGUGACCCUCCAGGAAUAGGAUUGGACACUCCUGCAAUACAUUUAAAGGGUUUAACUUGACAAAUAAUAUCUUUAUUUCCAAGCUUCACCAGUUCAGUCCAUACUCCUAUAGGAUUUUAUGCAUUUUCGCACCUCCUGAAUCCAUUCCACUGGGUUUCCUUUUGUGUAGAGUAGCAAACCACUAGCAUAAAAAUGUCUCUUAUUAAUGAUUGGCAUGCAUGAGCAUGCCACGUCCAGGUUGAACGGCGAAGCUGCUUUUAAAAAAUAUUUUAAAUGACUAUAGGUAAAAAAUCUGAUAUUUCUCUUAAAGGGAUAGUUCACCCAAAUUUUUUAAUUUGAUGUUUAUUUGCUUACUCCCAGGGCAUCCAAGAUGUAGGUGACUUUGUUUCUUCAGUAGAAUAAAAAAAAAGAUUUUAACUCAAACUGUUGCAGUCUGUCAGUCAUAUAAUGGAAGUGAAGGGGAAUCACGGCUUUGAGUCAAAAAAAAAAACAAAUUAAAUAAUGUGACUCGUGAUGAUACAUUGAUGUGUAAACACAAAACGAUCGGUCUGUGCUAGAAAAAAAACUACUAAUAUAGAUUUUUUUUUUAACCACUGAUUCACUGCAAUGUCCAAACUGUCCUAAACGCAUUCUCAACAGUGUUGUCGUCUUCUUGCUUUAUGGUGGAUAACAGACUUAUAAGUGCAUUUCUGCCACCUAUCUAACAAAUGGACCAUUGACACUCUAUCUACAAUCUCAAUUAAGAGUGCCAAUGGUCCUAUUGAGAGAUAACUGGCAGUAAUGCACUUAUAAGUCUGUGAUCCGCCAUAAAGCCUUAAAGUGCAUUAGGUAAAAAAAAGAAAUAAAUACUGUUCAGUUUCUUGCACAGACUCAUCAUUUUGUGUCUUUACACAUCAAUGUAUCAUCAUGAGCCGCAGGGUUUCAUUUGUUUUUUUGUUUUUUUUUUUUGACUCUCAAAGCCAUGUCUCCCAUUCAUUACCAUUAUAUAAC